AUGGUUCACCAUCAUCAACAAGAGUUGAACCGCCAAGCUCUCAACAAAGCCAAGAUCAAAGUCAAGUUCAUGGUGAUGACCAAGCUCAUGGCAUUGAUCAAGGGGGAGAACAAGGUGGUCAAACUCAAGAAGAUGAUCCACAAGUUGAAGAUGAUGAUGAUGGACCUAUUCAACAACAAUCACAAAUGCUUUUUCCUAGAGUUCAUCAAAGCGUUCAACGGGAUCAUCCUGCCAACAACAUCAUUGGAGGUAGAAGAAGCACUUGAUGAUCCGGAUUGGAUGAUGGCCAUGCAAGAAGAAUUAAACAACUUCACAAGAAAUGAGGUAUGGGAGUUGGUUGAGAGACUAAAGCAAAAUGUGAUUGGCACCAAAUGGGUUUUCUGCAACAAGGAAGAUGAACAUUGUGUGGUCACAAGGAAUAGGGCAAGAUUUCAAAUCAAGCAAAUGAAGGAAGGGACGCUCAUGUGUCAAACCAAGUACACAAGAGACAUGCUCAAGAAGUUUGACAUGGCCGGCACCAAACCUAUCAAGACACCCAUGGCGUUAAAUGGACACCUUGAUCUCAAUGAAGAAGGAAAGUCGGUCGAUCAAACGAUGGGUAGUGAGAGGAGAAGCAAGAGGCAGGAGGAUACUCCAGAGAUUCAGUCUGACUCCUCCACUGAGUCAGAUGAUAUGCCUAUUUCACAGAGGAGAGAUGAAAUCUAUGCGCACAAGAAGCAUAUGGAUGAAGAGCUUCUCAACAUUGAGAAAAGGCAAAAGGAGUUGAUGGCAAAGAAUGAUAUUCCACAUUCUCCUCUCCGCGCUCCUAUGGACGUCCCUCCUCCACAGGUUUUCUACAACCCUUGGGAGGAGAUUGGGCAUCCCUCCAUGUUCUUUGGGGCUUCCCAAGGUGGCGAUGAGGAGGAAGACUUUGGUGGGAGGGAGCACUCCAAGGAAGAAGAAGAAGAAGAAGAUAUCUCCAAGGCCAAUACCCCCAAGGACGAAGACGAGGAUGAUGGUGAUGACGACGACGAUAAGGAUGAUGAGUGA